CACAUAGCACAUAGCGCAUAGCGCCUGUCAUGGCAGCGGAAGGACGCCGCUCAGUCACGGUGUUGCCAGGACGCUAUAAGUGGCCCAGCACCCGGGAUUACACCGCUAAUACCAUGAUCUUGGGAUAUAUUGGCGCUGCAGUUAGCUGGCCGCAGAAUAAAGUCAUGUUCGGAUAAUGAGUGACUUCCACCGUCGCACUUCCCAGCAGGCCAAUCUGUCCUUUUGGGGAUGGGGGGGUCUCGGAGUCGUGCUCUUCCUCAUCACCUUCGGACCCUUCGCCAUAUUCUACCUGGCUUUUUAUAUCCUCUGCUUCAUUGGCGGGGCCUUUGCGGUCACUCUGCUGUACGGGAAGAUCAACUCAGAGAAACACCUGGAGAAGUGCGAGCAUGCCUACCUGCCUCCCACACAAAUCGGUAUUUUAAAGACAUUGGAAGAGAUGAAGCUGGAGUACAAACCUAUAAAGAUCGACAGGCGACUGACUGGCUCCAGUUUCAUAGAUGAACCUCUGCAACAGGUGAUCCAGUUUGCUUUGCGAGAUUAUAUCCAGUAUUGGUAUUACACUCUGAGCGAGGACGAGUCUUUCUUACUGGAGAUCAGACAGACGCUGCAGAAUGCCCUGGUCCAGUUCUCCACACGGUCCAAAGAGGUGGACUGGCAGCCUUACUUCACCACCCGCCUGGUGGACGACUUUGCCACCCAUUUGCGUGUCUUUCGUAAAGCUCAGGAUCGUCUCCCAGACAGAGACGAUAAACAAAGGGACAUAACGGAGGAGCUGAUCGACUCAUUUUUUGAGGCGGAAGUGGAGAUGGAAAGGAAGAUUUGUCGAGACGUAGUGUGCACUUCUCAGAAGGAUGAAGAAGGUUUCCUUCGAGACUUGUGCGAGUUGCUUCUGUACCUGUUACUACCUCCUGGAGACUUCCACAACAAGAAUAUGCGAUACUUUUUAAGAGAGGUGUUGGCACGUGGUGUCCUCCUUCCUCUCAUUAACCAGCUGAGCGACCCAGACUACAUCAACCAGUUUGUCAUUUGGAUGAUCCGGGACUCCAGCUGUAACUACGAAGCCUUUAUGAACAUCCUAAAGCUGACGGACAAGCCUGCCGAGCUGGAGGCAGUGAAGGACAAGGUGAUGGAGGAGCUGCAGUACCUGCGCUCGCUGGACACAGCAGGAGAUGACAUCAACGUGAUCAAGAACCAGAUAAACAGUCUUCUGUUUGUGAAGAAGGUGUGUGAAACCAGGAUCCAGAGACUACGAUCAGGCAAGGAAGUGGACGCCUUGAAGCUGGCGGCCAACUUCGGCAAGCUGUGCGUCAUCCCGUUGGAUCACAUCCUCAUCCACAACAUCGCCCUGCAGUUCUUCAUGGAUUUCAUGCAGGCGGCCGGUGCCCAGGCAGAACUCUUCUUCUGGCUCACCGUGGAGGGCUACAGAGUGACGGCGCAGCAGCAGCUGGAGGCCAUGCAACGAUGGCAAAAAGACGGCAAGAAGCAACCCAGCACGACCAAGGGGCUCUUGAAGGCAGCUGCACUGGGCGUCUAUGAGCAAUACCUCUCUGACAAGGCGUCUCCCAGGGUCCAAGUGGAUGAGGAGUCAGUAACACGUUUGGGAGAGAAGCUGCAGAAAGACGAUCCCACGCCAGAAAUAUUUGAUGACAUCCAGAGGAAGGUGUACGACAUGAUGCUGCGCGACGAGCGCUACUACCCGUCCUUCAAGCAGAGCCCGCUCUACGUGCGCAUGCUGGCCGAAUUGGACAUGCUCAAAGAGCCCAGCUACCGCGGCUCGGACGACGGCGAUGGAGAAUCUUUCAACGGCUCCCCGACAGGAAGCAUUAACUUGUCUUUGGAUGACUUGACCAACUCCUGCCAUGAUGAAUUCAUGCACCUCCACGCUUUCAUCUCAGACACAGGCGUCUGCAACGAGCACGGGAAGACGUACGCCCUGUACGCCAUCACUGUAUUCAGACGCAACCCGGACGGCAGUGAGGAUUGCUGGAAGACGUACAGACGCUACUCUGACUUCCACGACUUCCACAUGAGGAUCACAGAGCAGUUUGAGAACUUGACGUCCAUUCUUAAGCUCCCGGGUAAAAAAACGUUCAACAACAUGGACAGAGACUUCCUGGAGAAGAGGACCAAAGACCUCAAUGCUUACCUACAAUGGCUGCUGGACCCAGACAUCAUUAAGGCUUGCCCAACCCUUAUUCCCUACGUCUAUGACUUCCUCGAGAACAAAGCCUACAGCAAAGGCAAAGGAGACUUUGCACGCAAGAUCGACACGUUUGUGAACCCUCUGAGGAGCUCCAUGAGGAACGUGUCCAACGCGGUCAAGUCCCUCCCAGACAGUCUGGCUGAGGGCAUGAACAAAGUGUCCGACAACAUGGGCCGCAUGUCGGAAAGACUCGGACAGGACAUCAAACAGUCCAUACUGAAGGUGCCUCCGCUCCUCCCCAAGUCCGACAUCGACCCGGAACACUGUCGAGUCUCCGCCCAGCUGGACGACAACGUGGACGACAACAUCCCGCUGCGUGUCAUGUUGCUGCUGAUGGACGAGGUGUUUGACCUGAAGGAGAAGAACCAAUGGCUGCGCAGGAACAUCAAGAACCUGCUGCAGCAGCUGAUCCGCGCCACUUAUGGCGACACCAUCAAUCGGAAAAUUGUGGACCAUGUGGACUACUUGACCUCACCAGAGCAAGUGGCAGAAUACGUCAAAAAGUUCAGGGACUCCUAUUGGCCCAAUGGGAUUUUAGCUGAGACGCUGCCUUGCCGGGACAAAAACAUCCGCAUGAGGACGAGAGUCGCUGCCAAGACCAGUCUGCUUGGCAUCAUGCCAGAUGAGCUGAAGCACAUCAUCGGUGCGGACACCACUCGCAAGGGCAUACUGCGGGUCUUCAACAUGUUCCAGUACCAGCCCAUGAACCGACGACUGGUCUACGUGUUCCUGGAGGGCUUCUUGGAGACCAUGUUUCCUCAGUACAAGUUCCCGGAGCUUUUUGUCAAGCUGCACUCCCGCUCGCCGCGCAUCCACAGAUAUAGCCAGAAACUCAAAUCUUCCUCCCUCAAAAGCCUCGGGGCUUCUCUUGGAUCCUUUCGUGUUCCUGACUGUACGUCACAAUCCUCCAGGAGGAAGCCACACCCCCUUUAACUCCAACCCUGACGACCAAAGCCCACGUGUGAACAUUGAAGAAACGACGAGCGUCGUCACGAGCACACCAGUAGUAUGCUUCAAAGAAUGUAUCGCGUGUGUGGCCUGUGGACAAUUCAGUGCGAGCGUGUUUGAGUGGUAAAAAAAACAAAAACGGUGCCAGUGUGGGCGAGCGAGGUCGCCUUAAGAGUGUAAAAAAAAAAAAAAAAAAAAAAAUUUA